AUGAAAUUUGCAAAACAGCUGGCUUUAAGAACCAUUCAAUCAUGGUCUGAAUAUUAUUUGGACUAUAAAAGUCUUAAAAAGUAUAUUAAAGAAGCAUCUGCAAGUUAUCAUGCAAACAAUCGUGAUCCAGACAUAUUAAAGAAAACUUUGGGGGAAUUUCGUGAAUUAUUACUUGUCGAAUUAAAAAAAGUAGAUUCGCGUUUCGAACAAGUUGAAAUAGAAUCAUCUACGGUUUUAGACGAAUUGAGCGCUAGAUCGCAUAAAACAAUGACAACUGAACAAAUAGAUCAAUGGCGAAAAGAUAUGACAAUGCUUUUACAAACAUUAGAAUCAAUGAAUGAAUUCACUGAUACAAACGUCAUGGGUUUCCAGAAGAUUUUGAAAAAAUUUGAUAAAUAUUUGUAUCAAACAUCAUCUGAAGUAAGCAGUUCGGCACCUCCGGAAAACCCAAUUGCAAACAAGUCAAAUAAUACCACUUUAAGUUUUUAUUUGACUCCAGAUAUUUCUGAUAAUGCCGAAGGAAAUUUUACACGUGUAAUAAAUAAAAAUAGUCACAAUCGAUAUAGUUUCACCCCAAUUGGAAAAGAUUUAUGGGCAUUAGUUUUAAAACAUAAGUUCGCCACAAGUGAAGCUGAUGAGAUAUUGUUGUCACGUGCUAGACAGCUUUGGAGAAAACGUGUACCAUUAUCUCCUGCUGUGACACCCUUAGUAGAAGAUUUAUCAGCAUUAACGAUUGAAGAUUCCUCAAUUCCAACAAUAAAUUCAUUAGAUUUAGACGUUUUACCCAAUGGCAAAGUUUCAAUGCUGUGGGUAGUUUUAGCAGAAGAUGGAUUAAGUUUACCAAUUAAAGUACCCGUAAUGGUUGCAAAGGGAGUUAAAGGUGGACCUAUAGUUGGUUUGACUGCAGCAUUACAUGGUAAUGAAUUAAACGGAAUUCCACUAAUUCAUCGACUGAUGUCUCAAGAUUUGAAUUGCAAUAAUUUACACGGCGUGGUAGUAUCAGUUCCUGUUGCUAAUGUGCCUGGAUAUUUGGCAGGUCAACGUACAUUCAGCGAUGGCCAAGAUCUUAAUCGUGUUAUGCCAGGAAAACCUAACGGUAGCACUUCGCAGGUUUAUGCGUAUAAUUUGAUCGAUCGUAUUGUGAGUAAAUUUACUCAUUUAAUUGAUCUACAUACCGCAUCAAAGGGGAGAGCAAAUUCUCUUUAUGUUAGAGCUAACAUGAAUGAUCCCAGAACCAGAAGAAUGGCUAAAUUGCAAAACCCUCAGAUCAUUGUUCAUAAUACGUCACCUGAUGGUUCAUUACGUGGGGCAGCAAUGGAAAGAGGAAUUCCUGCCAUCACUGUUGAAAUCGGUGAUCCAUCAAAAUUUCAAAAAAGAUUUGUUAAAACUGCACUCCAAGGUGUAACAAACAUUCUUAGUAACUUAAAAAUGAUUCCUGAUGAAAAUCAAUCACCGGAAUAUGAUCCUGUAGUUUGUGCUAGAAGUUAUUGGAUUUUUGCUAAAAGAGGCGGUAUUCUAAAUGUCAUACCAGAUGUAAAUACAUGGGUCAAAAAAAAUGAAAUAAUUGCCACGUUAGAUUCUGUUUUUGGAAUACUUGUUGAAACUUAUUUUGCUCCUGAAGAUGGAAUAGUAAUUGGUAAAGAAAUGUAUCCGCUAAAGUAG